AUGCCGGACCAUAUGGGGGCUCCACUCAUGCCUCGUACAUAUGGCUCUCAAAUGGGGUCACAGGCUGUCACUAUCACCCCAGCAACAGCUCCUCUACACACUCAUCUGUCCACAAACACAGUCUCCUUCAGGGUGCGUCACUGCCCAGUGUCGUGCAGAGCGGCGGUCUUCACGCAGCAGCCCACAGACCUGGUGGUGGUGGCGGGGCAGCCGGUCACUCUGCCCUGCUCCAUCCCCGGGUACCAGGGCAUGGUCCUCUGGCUCAGAGACGGGAUGGCCCUGGGAGUCAACCGCGAUCUGUCAGGUUACCCCAGAUAUAACAUCGUAGGAGACCACGGUAAAGGAGAGUUCCACCUGCUGAUCCAGAGGACAGACAUUCAGGACGAUGCCUUCUUCGAGUGCCAGGCCAUCCAGGCGGCCAUCAGGUCCCGCCCAGCCCGCCUCACCGUACUGGUGCCUCCUGACGAUCCGGUGAUAGUCGGAGCUCCUGUGGUGAGCCUGAGAGCCGGGGAUCACCUGAACCUCACGUGCCACGCCGACAACGCCAAACCUGCCGCCUCCAUCAUCUGGAUCCGGAACGGGCUGGUGCUGAGCGGGGCCAUGUACUCCAAGACGCUGCUCCGAGACGGGAAGAGGGAGAGCACGGUGAGCACCCUGUACCUGUCUCCCUCCAACAUCGAGUCUGGGCAGCACAUCACCUGCAGGGCGAGCAACAAGGCAGCACCCAACGGGAAGGACGCCACCGUCACCAUAGACAUUCAACAUCUGCCCAUUGUGAACCUGACAGUGGAGCCUCAGCCUGUUCUGGAGGGAAACCUCGUCCGAUUCCUGUGCAGAGCCAAGGCCAACCCCCCGGUCAUCUACUACAGAUGGGCCAAAGGGGGCAGUGUGAUCCCGGACGUGACCGGAGACACGUAUGAGGCGGUGGUGGAUUACUCCUUCUUCACGGAGCCGGUUUCCUGUGAGGUCACCAAUGCUCUGGGACACACCAACAUCAGCCGCAACGUGGACGUCUACUUUGGUCCGAGGAUGGCGGCCGAACCCCAGUCUCUGCAGGUGGACCUGGGCUCUGACGCCGUCUUCAGCUGUGCCUGGUCUGGAAACCCGUCGCUCACGAUCGUGUGGAUGAAGAAAGGCUCAGGAGUGGUGCUUAGCAACAAGAACACACUGACCCUGAAAGCGGUGAAGCAAGAGGAUGCCGGGAAGUACUUGUGCCGGGCCGUGGUCCCCAGAGUGGGAGCAGCGGAGAAGGAAGUGUCCCUCACCGUCAAUGGUCCUCCCACUAUCUCCAGCACGCAGACCCAGCAGGCGCUCUACGGAGAGAAGGGCCAGAUCAAGUGCUUCAUACGCAGCACCCCACCGCCGGAUCGCAUCGCGUGGUCGUGGAAGGAGACGGUUCUGGAGUCGGGUACAUCGGGUCGGUACACAGUGGAGACGGUGAGCACAGAGGACGGGGUCAUCUCCACUUUAACCAUGAGUAACAUCGUCCCCGCGGACUUCCAGACCAUCUACAACUGCACCGCCUGGAACAGCUUCGGCUCAGACACCGAGAUCAUACGCCUCAAAGAGCAAGAGACGCUGAGGCUGGCUGUGAUCAUCGGAGUGGCUGUGGGGGCGUUCCUGGCUCUGUCCAUUCUGCUGGGGACGCUGGGAGCCUUCUGCUGCACCCGCUUUCAGAGAAAAGAUGUCCACCUGGUGAUGUCCUCGCUGCCCGUGUCCCUGUCGCGCCAACGAGACGGAAAAACGGAGAAUCUCAAAGGACAGGCCACGGCAAAAAACGACAUCCGUGUGGAGAUCGUGCACAAAGAUCACAACGCAGCACGAGAGAACGAGGAGCACGCCAACAUGAAGCAGAUGAUGAUAGACCGAGGGGAGUUCCAACAGGAGCCUGUCCUGAAGCAGCUGGAGGUGCUCCCAGAGGAGGAGAAGGAGUUCCAGCACAUCAAGGACCCCACCAAUGGCUACUACAGUGUCAACACCUUCAACGAGCACCAUGCCACCCCCACCAUGUCCCUGACCUCCAGCCAGACGCCCGACGUUGUGCGCAGCCCUCCAUCCGGCUCCAUGACCAUCGGCAAACAGAGAGUACCCACCGGCAUGUCCUUCACCAACAUCUACAACACUCUGGGGGCAGGACCAAACCGUCUCUAUGACUACGGCCAGCGCUUCGUCCUGGGCAUGGGCAGCAGCUCCAUCGAGCUGUGCGAGCGUGAGUUCCAGCGCAGCUCCCUCAGCGACUCCAGCUCCUUCAUCGACACUCAGUGCGACAGCAGCGUCAGCAGCUACAGCAAACAGGACGGAUACGUGCAGUUUGACAAGGACAGCAAGACUUCAGCCAGCUCCUCCUCCCACUACUCCCAGUCUUCCUCCCAGAACUCAGACCUGACCAGGCCCCUGCAGAAACGCAUGCAGACCCACGUGUAA